UACUAUUCAAAGAAAGAAGUGCAACACUGUACCUCUUUGGGGAGAGAGGUAUGUGAAGUAGUUAAAGUAACAAGCAAAGGCACAGGAAUGAAGUUGGCCUUGGGAUGUGAGAAUGCACCAUAAAUCACAGGGCCAUGAAAGUCAAACUGAAACUACAGAGUGAUGUAUGGCUACAUCUGGUGUAGGCACUUGGCUAAAUUUCAAGUUUGAGAAGGAGUGUGUAAGCAGAUCUAGGUAACUAACUUCAGUGCCUCUCAUGCUCCUAUCACUCUCGCCUCUCAUGGAGCAUGAGUCAAGACUGACUGUAGGGCAACUGUGCAUACGAUACUGAUACCUAAGCACACAAAAACACUGCUCCUCCCCCCCUUUUAUGCCCUCCCAUGUUCCCCCUUUACAUCUGUUUCGUACAAACCCACUGAUUUAGUCGGACUCAAACAACACUGGUGCCAAAUCUGGAGACCACCAACGGCCCCUUCAUGAGCUGCCAGUCCUUCCUCCCCGUCUUCCUUCACCGAGCCGAGGCAGAAGGCCUCACCUCAACUCCGCGGUCAGUUGACUCUCCAGAGAGGUGUGAGGAACAUGAAGUGAGCCUGUCUAUGUUCUGUUUGGAUGACCUGGAGCCUUUAUGUGAACAAUGUGCAGCUGUGAGCCACGCAGGACACAGGGUUUACCUCCUGACUGAGGCUGCAACUGACUGCAAGGAGGAGCUCAAGAUAUCACUAAAUGGACUGAAGAAGAAGAUGAUGUCCUUUGAGGAAGUCACACAGACCUGCCAACAUGCAUCCAGACAUACCAGGACCUCCCUAUUCUUCCUUGCACUCUCCUUACUUUUCUGUUCUUCCCAGGCUGAGGCCAAACUCACAGAAGAGCACAUAAAAAAGGAUUUUGAGAGUCUUCACCAGUUUCUGAAAGAGGGGGAAGCAGCCAGGCUGCUUGCACUCAGGGAGGAAUGGGAGGAGAAGAAGAGAGAGGCAGAAGAAGCGAUAGACCGAAUGAAUCAGGUGAUAAAAUCUAUGGAAGAAAAGAUCCAACUGGUUGAAGAGGAGCUAGAUGCAGGUGGAGAUGGGGUUGGAUUUUUAGAGCACUACCAAGACACGAUGAGUAGCACAUGUCACAAGGAGCCACAAGUUUGCACACGUCUAAUAGAUGUAGCCAAACACCUGGGUAACCUCCAGUAUACCGAGUGGGAGAAGAUGAAACACAUCGCCCCGUACAGUCAGUUUCUUUCUGUACAUCAAUGCACUUCCUGUCCCCUCCCUCCUUCUGUACCCUCUCAUCCCCGUUAUAUCUUCCAGCUCCGUGCUGGAACAGAGUCUGGAUCUUGCUGUCCCUGUCCCAGCUAUCCCAGAACGUUUCCACCCUGGGUCCCGCAUCCUUGCGAGAGAGGGUUUGAAUCAGGACUGCACUGUUGGGAUAUCGAGGUUGGUUCCACCAACAAUUGGACAAUCGGUGUGGCUGCUCAGUCAGUGUCCAGAAAGGCAGAGUUUGAGGUCUGUCCAGAGGCAGGACUCUGGUGCAUCAGCCUGCGAGAAGGCGAGUACCAAGCCCUGACCGCUCCCGCUCAGACACUAAACUCACACCAGCUCAGCAGGGUCCGUGUGAGGCUGGACUGGGAUGAAGGGACCCUUGAUUUCAUGAACGCUGAUUCUGAAACACAUCUUUUCACGUUUAAACAUUGCUUUACCGAAAAGAUGUACCCAUUCUUUGAGAGCACUACGUCGUGUGGGGGCUUUGCUGUGUUGGCAAAGAGAGUGAACAUCAGCGUGGAGGCAGAUUAUGUACCCGUGGAGGACCCCGCUAUCACUGAGGAGGAUCAAGUAAUGAAAAGUGAAUCUUGCACUGAGGGAGAUAUUAAUGCUUCGUCAGCCAAAACCAACAGCAAGAUAUCAGACUGCGGACGUCUGACAGAAGACCAAAAAAUGCCGAUUUGUUCUAUAAGAGAGGAGGAGAAAACAAUACCUCAGAGAUGCACCACGAAGGACGAGCUCAUUAAAACAAAAUCCGCUGAAAAGGAAACGACAAAAGACAACAAAACUGCUGCCAAAAAACAGAACAGGAAGCCAAGGCUCAAUGUGACCUACCAUGUUUCACUGAACAGAGCUCAUCAACAAUGAACGUGAAUAUGACAAACAAAUCAUAAUGUUGUGUUUAGUCCUAUGAGCAAAUACUUGGCACACUAACACACUGAACUCAGAUGGGGAACAUGGUGACGUUUAGCUUAAAGCACUGAAAACGUAGCCUACAGCCGUUAGAGAUUUGUUGUGUGCUUAUCAGUAUUUAAAUCCUCUGGAAUUGUAUUAUAUCCCAACAAC